AUGGAGGCGCAGGGACAUUCAAGUGCCUACCGUCUAUUUCUUGACCCCGACCAGCCUCAGCACGCCCAUCACCACGACUCUGACCACAAGAACCGCUCCGAUCGACGGAUCAACCACUUCUAUCUUCACAAUAUUCCCACCGGGAACUACACCGCCGCCACCAGCACCCCACCAGCAGUCCCGAGCGGCACAUCUGCUCCGUCCGGAGCCCCACCGCUCGUGACGUCGCCGCCUGAAAAAAGCGCCGCGGAUAUCCUCACGCUGUACCAGACUUCCGGAUCCGUCCUCUUCACCAGCCUCUUCGGCACCAUGUACGGCACCAUGGUCAGCCAGCUGGUCUCCACAACCGUCGUCGUCGUCAACUACCCAACCGACAUGGUCUUCCCCACCACGGCCGCCGCCGCCACCGCCACCGCCACCCUCUCCAUGUCCGCCAUCUCCUUCUCCACCGCCACCUCACCCGGCGCAACGACAUCCACAACCACAGCCGCCGGCCGCCUCCAUGGCCCCAUCAUCAUCCUCCCAGCCCCCGCCUCCUCCUCCUCCUCCUCCUCCUCCUCCUCCUCCUCCUCCGCUCCCACCACCACCCUCGCAGCAUCUUCGCCUCCCUCUCCCCCUCCUUUUUCAAAUUCAUCAUCAUUCAGCUCCUCACCAGCGCUCCCAACGCCAACGACCUUGAUCACUGCCACAGUUACCGCAACCACCGCCACCACCGCCCCAGCCGCCGCCGCCGCCGCCCCCGGCUCCCUCGUCACCUCCCUCGUGCCCGACCCCGCCGCCUGCGUGCCCGGCUACAAGCAGGUCGUCGGCACCUACGGGCCCGACGGCGUGUUCACGACGGUCGGGACGGUUACGAGUGCGGCGGCGGCGGCGGCGGCGUCGUCGUCGUCGUCUGCGACUGCGGUGGUGUGA